AUGCAGAUCAGCGCAAAGGACGGUUUAGGAUUAGCAUCUUCCUCUACGUUGAUAAUAGAAAUCACUGAUAUUAAUGACAACGCCCCUGUGAUAUAUCUACAAUCUCUGACUAACCCCAUACCUGAGAACGCGUCACCUGGUACAGAGGUGGGCAUCAUUAACGUGCAGGAUAGAGACUCUGAGAAUAACCGACAGGUUCGCUGCUCCAUUCAGCAAAACCUUCCCUUCAAGCUGGUGCCAUCCAUCAAAAACUACUAUUCUCUGGUGACCACGGGCGAACUGGACCGUGAACUAGUGUCUGAUUACAACAUUACAAUCACUGCCACCGACGAGGGCUCUCCACCUCUGUCCUCCUCUAAAAGUGUUCAGUUAUCUGUAGCUGACGUCAACGACAACCCACCUGUGUUUGAGGAACAGUCCUAUAAAGCCCACGUGACUGAAAAUAACAAACCCGGUGUGUCUGUGUGUACCGUUACAGCACGAGACCCAGACUGGAGACAGAACGGGACAGUGAUUUAUUCUAUCUUACCUAGUGAGGUGAACGGUGUACCGGUGUCCUCGUUUUUAUCCGUUAAUGGAGACACGGGGGUGAUCCACGCUGUGAGGUCGUUUGAUUAUGAACAGUUCAGGAGUUUUAAAGUCCACGUGGUGGCCAGAGACAACGGUUCUCCUCCGCUCAGCAGCAAUGUCACGGUCAGUAUGUUCAUAACGGAUGUGAAUGACAACUCUCCUCAGAUACUAUACCCCGCCCCGGAGGGGAAAUCCUUCAUGACCGAACUGGUCCCCAAAGCUGCGCAUGGGGGCUCUCUGGUUUCCAAGGUGAUAGCUGUGGACGCGGACUCCGGCCAGAAUGCCUGGCUGUCCUAUCAUAUAUUCAAAUCAACUGAUACGGGACUUUUCACUAUUGGUCUCCACAGUGGAGAGAUCAGGACACAGCGGGACAUUUCUGAAUCAGACAGCAUGAAACAGAACCUCAUUGUGUCAGUGAAAGAUAACGGACAGCCCUCUCUCUCUGCCACCUGUACAAUUUAUUUAGUGAUUUCUGAUAACUUGGCUGAAGUACCAGAACUGAAAGAUGUAUCUUAUGAUGAGAGCAAUUCCAAACUCACCUCUUAUCUGAUCAUCGCGCUGGUGUCUGUCUCCACCUUUUUCAUCACCUUCAUUAUUGUAAUCCUGGCGGUGAGGUUUUGCCGCAGGAGAAAGCCCAGACUGUUGUUUGAUGGAGCGGUCGCCAUCCCCAGCGCGUAUCUCCCUCCCAACUACGCAGAGGUGGAUGGCGCUGGAACUCUCCGCAGCACAUACAAUUAUGACGCAUACCUGACGACGGGAUCGCGCACAAGUGACUUCAAGUUCGUCACAUCUUACAAUGACAACACACUACCCGCGGACCAGACUCUGAGAAAAAUUCCUACAGACUUUGCUGAUGAUCUUGAAGAUUCCGAUGUGUCCCCAAAGGUAGGUCUUUACCGUUAA